AUGGAAGACGCUCUCCGCCCAAGCAAAGAAGCCUUUGGGUACACACUCCGCGCGAGCUAUCAGUUAUGGUCCACACAUUUCAACACCAGCGAUAGCCUCCUUCCAUUAGAGUGCAUCGACCUCAAAUCCCUUCUCAAAGACACACCUGCAUUUCUCGCCGACGGAUUGAUUCCCUCGGACAAAGUAUUCUCAUUUGCUUGUGCUAAAGUCCGUGACAAGCUUGAGAUAAAGGGUCAGUCGAGAUGGCAGACGACCAAAGCUGGCGCGGACUGUAUUACCCCGUCUAAGGUCAUACCGUUGGGACUUCCGCUAGGUGUUGCAGAAGCCCGAAAGGUGGAACUAUCCAAGGAUGUCCCUUUGUCCAAAUGGCCUGGUGUGCGUGGUAUCUCUGGCUAUGACAAGGGUAACUACAUCGCCGUCUUGUUCUUGGCUUGGGCAUACAUUCUAUCUGCGAAAUGGGCAGAGUUGCUCGAUUGCUCCGAGAAGCACCAUUGUUCAACAAAAUACUCAUUUGAAACCUGUCAAGAACCCGAAGUAUCAGUUCAACCAGAGGUCAUAGAGGUUGAUUUGCCUCCAGGCGCAAGCGAAGCCGAAAUCGUGUGGUGGAACGCUAUACUCUCUGGAACACCUGCAUGGAAAAUAUGCGUGGAAUACGAGUCCGAGAGGUUCGUCUCGCCAUGGUCCGUUUCAUUAGGCGGAGCUAUAUCAAUGCGGGCGAAACACGGAAUCAAUCUCCAGUCGAUAACGUACAAACCCCCAUCACCAGCAACAGCCUUCCAGUAUCUCACCCGCUUCUGCGAACACCACCGCCUCUAUGCACAAUGCACAGCAGCGCUAUCAGCAUCGUUUUUCACGCGCGACUCUUUCCUCCGCAAACCACGGACUCUCCCGAUUCCAAGACCCACCAAAAACCCCGAGUACCACUAUACCCAAACAGCCCCCCAAUCAAUCUCAGCUCUAAUAUCCGAACACGAAAAGCUCCUCCCAUACUACAUGACCCUAAGCAGCGAAAUGUGGCUCACAACCUUACCGGCAUUGAAAAGCACCUUCUUCAACCCAGACAUACCAUGCAAUCUAGUCAGCGCAUGGCAGAACCCAGCCUUCGCAGUAAUAAACCCAAUCAUCAAACAAAACAACAUCCCACGUCUUCUCCAUGGUCUCUCAGCACGUCAACCACGCGUAGCCAGUCUCUGGCUCGGCGCAGCGAUUAUGGGAAGAAGUAGCACAUACCUGAAGCAAUGCGAGCAGGGGAUGACGGCACCUUCACUUGAGGCUGAGGCGUGGAUGGGAGUUACGACUACAUUUAUGACACAGCCACCUGGUACCUACGAUACCGAUGCAGAUUUUGUCCGGCGUGAGGAUGAGUGUAGGCUGCUUUUCCUUGCAACGCCCACUGACGGGAGCUAUAAUCACGGCUAUGUUACUUCCUGGCAGUGGAAGCCAUUUGGCAGUACUAAGAUCUGUGAUACGGAUAUUUCGCUUCGAGAGCAUCUGGGGUGUGGAUGCCAUGUUUUGGAAUAUGAGGGCUGGGAUUGGGAGCUUGGGGAUGGGUCGAGGGUUGAGGAUACGGGGGUAGAGGCGCGGUUUUCAUCGUUGCUUUCGAUAUCUAAUUGUGCGCCGGAGUCUGCGUCUGUGCCUGCGCCUUUUUCUAUGUGUGUGUCUGAUCCCAAACUAGGGGGUACCUGUGCGGAUCUUCCUGCUCUACCAAAGGAUUGUGAGUAUGAUCUGUACUCGGAUGAAAAAUCGGAUAAUCCUACUCGGGGAAUAUUCUGCUGGCUUCGGUCAGAUGGAUUUCCGCCGAACGAAAAGGGAAUAUUUCAGCACUCGUGGAUUGUGAUCGCAAAUGACUCGGACGAGGAGGUGGAUGAAUGUGAGUCUGAUGAUUCUACCGCUGGUGCUCGAGCUGAAAGAGUUGAGAAUUGGCUCGGUGGUGUCAAUGAUGUCGACGUAGGUAUAUACCUAGAUAGUAGGUAG